AUCUCUCGUCGUUACCACAUUAACUUUUCUUGUCUGCAAGAUUUACUCUUUUCGUUGUGUGGUGAUGGCAAAGGUUAGAUCUUUUGUUACUUGUUAGGUUUUCUAGUAACCCUUUUCCUAUAAUAUAAUAAAUGGCUUUGAUCAAAAUUCAAAGAUGCUGACAACGCCCUUCAUAUCAAAGGAUUAUGAGCAAUUUUCUACAUAAACCUAAACAAGUCUUCUCAAACGACUAUAUGUGCUUUCAUCAAAUCAGACUUGGACUUUGUAAAAUAUUACAUAAUUGUUUGAGUUCUUGUUGAUUGUGGUUGUUCAUACGGAAAAACCUGAAUACCAACUUAAACUAGAAGAAGAUGGUAUCGCCUGGGAUUAUGGCAGAUGAUGGUGAUUCUAACUCACUACUUAGCUUGGUCUCUUUCUUACUCUUUCUUUUUAUCACCGCCACAGCAGUGACCGGAGAUUCUAUGGACAGUGAUAGGGAGGUCUUAUUGAGUUUUAAAUCUUACCUUGAAUCUUGGAACCCAACCGAACGAGGAAAGUACAAUGAAUGGGAAACAGAGAAGCAAGAUGUGUGUCAAUGGCCUGGGAUCACAUGUACCCCUGAGAGAAGUAGAAUCACAGGGAUCAAUCUAAGAGAUUCCACCAUCUCAGGUCCUUUAUUCGGCAACUUUUCAGCCUUAACGCAGCUCGCAUUUCUUGAUUUAUCAAACAACACGAUCGGAGGGUCGAUUCCAGAUGACCUGAACCGUUGCCACAACUUAAAGCAUCUGAAUCUUUCUCUUAACAUCAUUGAAGAGGAGCUUAGCUUUUCCGGGCUAUCCAAUCUUGAGGUUCUUGAUCUAUCGGUGAAUCAAAUUGCAGGCGACAUUCACUCCACCUUCCCAACGCUCUGCAAUCGCCUGGUUGUUGCAAAUCUAUCGACCAAUAACUUUAGUGGCAGAAUAGAUGACAUCUUCAAUGAGUGUAGGUAUCUGAAGUAUGUCGACUUGAGAUACAAUAGAUUCAGUGGAGGGAUAUGGGCUGGUUUUAGGAGGCUGGUCAAGUUUUCAGUUUCUGGGAAUCGUCUCUCCGGGAAUAUCUCAGCUUUCAUGUUCAGGGGGAACUGCAAUUUGCAAGUGUUGGAUUUGUCUGGGAACGGUUUUGUCGGGGAGUUUCCGGGACAAGUUUUAAAUUGUCAGAACCUGAAUGUAUUGGAUCUGUGGGGAAACAACUUCACAGGAAACAUUCCAGCUGAGAUAGGAUCCAUAUCAUCUCUCAGAGGUUUGUACUUUGGGAAGAAUGAGUUUUCUCGAGACAUACCGGAAACUCUCCUGAACUUGAGCAACUUGGUGUUUCUGGACUUGAGCAGAAACAACUUUGGAGGAGAGCUACAGGAAAUAUUCGGGAGGUUCACUCAAGUAGAGUAUCUAGUUCUGUAUGGGAACUCAUACGUUGGAGGUCUCUAUUCUUCUAACAUCCUCACGUUACCUAAUCUUUCAAGGCUAGAUCUUAGCUACAACAACUUUUCAGGCCGGUUGCCUGCUGAAAUCUCCCAGAGUUUGAUGUUUUUGGUUCUUGCUUAUAAUAACUUCAGCGGCGAUAUACCACGCGAAUAUGGGAACAUGCCACGGCUUCAAGCACUUGAUCUCUCUUUUAGCAGGCUGACCGGUUCAAUACCAGCUUCUUUUGGAAAGUUGACAUCUCUUUUGUGGCUUAUGCUUGCAAAUAACUCUCUGUCAGGAGAAAUACCUCGCGAGAUUGGAAACUGCUCGAGUCUAUUGUGGUUAAACGUGGCAAACAACCAGCUCUCUGGUGGAUUCCAUCAUGAAUUGACUAAAAUGGGUAGCAAUCCUUUUCCAACGUUUGAAGUGAAUAGGCGAACCAUGGACAACACAAUCUCUGGUUCCGGUGAAUGCUUGGUGAUGAGGAGAUGGAUUCCUGCAGAGUUCCCUCCUUUCAUAUUUGGAUUGGAAAGUCUUACAAAAAGGAGUUGCAGAACCCUGUGGAACCAUGUUCUUAAAGGGAAAUGUAUAUUUCCUGUAUGCCCUGCUGGUUCUAUAGUGGGCCCCCUUGAUGUUUCAGGCUAUCUUCAGCUCAGUGGAAACAAGCUAUCCGGUGAGGUUACGGCAAAUAUAUCUCAGAUGAAGAAGUUGAGUAUGCUUCAUUUGGGGUUCAAUGAGUUUGAAGGGAAACUGCCUAUAGAGAUUGGACUAUUGCCUUUGGCGUUUCUUAACCUGACCAGAAACAAGUUCUCAGGCCAGAUUCCUAAAGAAAUUGGAAAUAUAUAUAAUCUGCAGAAUCUUGAUCUGUCUUCCAACAAUUUCUCAGGAAACUUUCCAACGAGUUUGAAUGACUUGAGUGCGAUGAGUAAGUUCAACAUCUCAUAUAACCCUCUCAUUACCGGUGUGAUACCAUCGACGGGACAACUUACAACCUUUGAAAAAGACUCAUUCCUUGGGAAUCCUCUACUGCAGUUUCCUAGUUUCGUCAUCCAAUCAGGGAACAACAAUACAAGCUCAGGAGAACGAGAUAAUGGAAGAGAUGAAGAUGCUAUUGACAUGUUGGCAUUCUAUUGGAGUACGUUUUCAUUUUAUGUGGUUGCGCUGGUAGGCAUUCUUGUACUGGUAUACUUCGAUUGUCCUUGGUGUCGAGCAUGGCUCCGCCUUGUCGAUGCUUUCACGGUAUCUUUGAAAAGUAUGUUGUCUUAAAAUCGUUUCAGCUCAGUUCUUGGAUAUUCCUUAUCAAGGAAAAAGCUUGAGUCCUCUCUGUCUUUCUGUAAGUAUAUGUGUUGUGGAUUUGACCUAGAACUUGAACAUCUUUUUGUUUAGCUAAGGUAUAAAAAGCUACCCUUUUGCCAACAGAAGGUUGAGAAUCCUCUGUGUUUCAUUUAACCUAAUGGACUGAAUCUUAGUUCACAAUUUCAAAUUCUGCAUUAACUUGCUGUUAUAUGUGUGCCCUGCUGCAAUCACAUAUGAUGGCCACUACACUCCUGUCAAACGUGAAGGGCCUUCAUCUGUAAACACAAGAACUUAUCAUAAGUGAUUAGAUAUGAUAUCAUGUUAUAUGCUUUGCAGGUUAUCAUAGCCUACGAGAUUAAAAAACCUAGGGACUCUAAAUCUCACUUCAAAUGAAUUCAACCACAGCAUCUUUCCUUUCCAUAAUGCCGCAAAAUCGCUCACAACUCUGUUUCUUGUUUCUUCAGAUUAACAACAUUAAACAUGUGAUUUCCCUUUUGUAACUAGCAUAAGUGCAUAAACCUAUUCAUUGGUGAUCCAUCUUUUUUAAAAUUUAUUCAGUUUUUGUCUUACAGUCAAUUUGUAUCAUUCUUAUACUUGUUGGACUCAGAUUUUAUGAAUUAAGAUUUGAUCAACUUGAAGCUUAUACGCCUUACAGUCAGUCUAUAUCUAUGCGGUUCUAGUAGAGCUAAGGUCUUCUAGAACCUUAUGCUCUCAAUCUUUCUCACAACUGUUUAUCAGGUGUGAUACCAAAAUGUCUUAAUGUGUUUGGUUCUCACUCAUGUGCUGUUUGUCUUGUCUUUGAUUUUUUUUUUUUCCUGUUAACUGCUCUAUCUUUGAAUAGACGUAAUGCUUUCAACAUUUCUUGAAACUGGUUUGUGGUUAGUUUGUGAAAGGAAAACAUUUUUUUUCUCAAAUUAAUAUUCUUCUAUUUGGUGACCAGUCACUGUCCUGAGCUUGGUCCAAGUAAAAGGAUGCUGACCACUUCUCCGAAGACAAAACUAAUGCCAUUGGAACGACAGCGUUUAGUUCUGGUUGUGGCAAUUGUCAACUCCUAAGCACCUAAUCCAAUAGAGCCACAUCAGCAGUUUCGUGACCGUUACUCCGUUAGGCUUAGCGGUUGUUCAGCAGAAUUCAAAAGUACCCAUCAUAUAUUUAAGAAAUCAUCUUAUUUCUCUUAAAAUAAUAAUAGAAAAAAGAGAGAAACUGAAAAUUGUGAGAAAUGUUUUUCAUAAGGUAUUUUGAUUGUUGAUUUUUAGAAUAAAAUGAUGUGGAUUGACUUAUUCCAUUAAUUUUCAUAGUUUUUCACCAAUUGAUAAUUCUACAAACAUUCCCAAAAAAAAUACAAAGAAAAACAUUUAUAAUUAUUUUUCUACAAUUUUGAUUAUGAAUGAAUAAAUGAACGUUUUAAACUAAUUUUAUUCAUCUUAUUCCAUCUAUUUUGAUUCAGUUAAUUUUAUUUCAUGGUUACCAUUAAGAAACUCAUUAGAUUACUCUAGUAACAGUAACACUUGGCAUCCCCUGUUAUUGAUCUAAUAUUUUAAACAUUAAAUUUAGUUACAUAAUUUAGUUAUAUUAAAAAUUAAUAUAUUUCUAAGAAAUUUUUGUGAAAUAUUUAAUUGUAUUUUCAAAGGUUAGAAGUCGCAGGCAAAACGAGUCUUAUACAAGUCAAACUAACCAAUGUUGAUCAUACGACUUUAAGUGUUUUCCUUCGUCGCGACGGCUAAAGGACACACUGUUUUCGUCGUUGAACUUUGUGAAUCAAUGAUGACUUUUAAAUUCUUAUAAGUGUGGAGGUAAUUUAUAUUCUUAUAAAAUUCACAUUCCCACAGUGGUUGAGUUUCCUACUGUUGCUUCUUUUAUUUUACUUUACAAUAUUUUUGCUGUCGAAGUGAAAAUGUGUUUGAGCCAAAACCUGAUAUGGGUGAUACUGAUGCUUCUUAUGGGACAGCUACAUGGAUACAAAAGCUGUACCGAGAAAGAAAGGAACGCUUUGUUGGAGCUCAAGAAGUACCUGAUCUCACUGAGUAUAGAAGAGGAAUCAAACUCUGUUCGUCCAACUUGGAGUAAUGACACAAAGAGCGAUUGCUGCCUUUGGGAGGGCCUUAAGUGCAGUGGUACAAGCAGACGGGUUACCGAGAUUGCCUUUGGUGGAUUGAAGCUCAAAGAGAACUCUCUACUAAAUCUCUCUUUGCUGCAUCCCUUUGAAGAUGUUCGAAGUCUCAACUUAUCCGGGGAAGCAUUGAACAAAUUCAAUGGCUUGUUUGAUGAUGUUGAAGGUACACUGCGCUUUCCCUUGUGGCUAAGUUUUAACAAUUUGUGUUUUAUUGGAGCUUUGAUGUUUGCCUUACGUAAGAGGUCAUCUAUCGUUGGUGUAAAUACACCAAACGUUGCUCGUUUGACUAGUUUGAUAUUUUGCGUUUAGAUGCAAAACCCACUGUACUAAAAGAAAUCUAUAUAUUUUGGACAACAAAAUAUUGAGUUUGCAUGCAAAAUUCACUUUUAUAUGUUGUGUCAAUUUAUUAGUUAUUAUUGUUUUAAUUCUUAAAACUUGGAAGUGUUUAUACCAUCUGAUAGUAUGGUUCUUAGAUUUUUUUCUCGUUUUAUGAAUUUACUUUGAUGUUUGUGUACCCAUGCUGCAUGUUCCAGUCACAUCAUAACGCACUUUCAUUCCCUUCACGUUAAAAUUUAUGAAAAGUGAUUGCAGACGUUUUGGAAAGUGAAACAGCUUCAGUUAAUACCUAGCAUGACUUAUUAAGCUUCUCAUUUGCAGGUUAUAACAGCUUGAGAAAAUUAAGAAACCUGAAGAUUUUGGAUUUAUCCUCAAAUAAAUUCAAUAACAGCAUAUUUCCUUUUCUUAAUGCGGCUACAACACUCACAAAUCUGUUUCUAAGGUCCAACAACAUGGGUGGCUCUUUGCCAGUUAAAGGUAUACUUCUCCAUUCUUAAAUAAGCUCAUAUUUUGAAUCUUGAAUUACUUAUUCACUGAUGAUGCCUCUUCUGUUGGCUUGAUUCAGUUUAUAAUCAUUGUAUGUCAUAAUUUCAUCUUUGUAUAAUUUAUAUACUCGUUGGAAUCCCUUUCAGAAUUUAGAGAUUUGUCAAACUUGGAACUUCUCGACCUGAGUAGAAACAGAUUCAAUGGCUCCAUACCACUUCAAGGUAGUUGUCCAUGCAUGGUUGUCUUUCUUUUCAGGUCUGGAAAUUUUAAUUAUUGGAUUGGUUCAUAUCAUAGCUUUUUGUGGCUUUGUCUUUUGGCAGAGUUAUCUGACAUGAGAAAGCUGAAAGCUCUGGAUUUAAGUGACAACGAAUUUUCUGGCUCAACAGAAUUGAAAGGCAAGUUUCCUUUAUAAUUGUCAUUGAAUUCACGUUAAGUGACCAAACCUUCUGCGUUUGAUUACCAUAGGGAUUUGCGAGCUGAGGAAUAUGCAAGAGUUAGAUCUCAGUCACAACAAACUUGUAGGUCAGUUUCCCUUAUGCUUAACUCACUUGAGUGGCCUAAGAGUUCUUGAUCUCUCAUCUAACCAAUUGACUGGGAAGUUACCACCUUCUCUUGGUAGCCUUAAGUCCCUCGAGUAUUUGUCAUUGUUUGAUAACGACUUCGAAGGCUUCUUCUCACUUGGUUCCCUAACCAAUAUUUCAAACCUUAGUGUGUUGAAACUCUGCUCAAAAUCCAACUCACUUCAAGUAGUGUCUGAUAGUUCUUGGAAGCCAAAGUUUCAGUUCGAUGUUAUCGCACUACAAUCUUGCAACUUGGAAAAGGUUCCUCAGUUUCUCCUACACCAGAAGGAGUUGCGCCAUGUUGAUCUCUCUGACAAUAACAUUUCUGGAAAUUUUCCUUCCUGGCUGUUGGAGAACAACAGGAAACUCAAAGUGUUGCUUCUACAGAACAACUCCUUUACAAGCUUUCAUCUACCCGAGUACGCUCACCGUCUUCUUUUCCUGGAUGUGUCUGUUAAUAAACUUAAUCAUCUUCUUCCUGAGAACAUUGGGUGGAUACUUCCUCAUCUGCGGUACAUGAAUAUCUCCAAGAACGGCUUUCAAGGAACUCUACCAUCUUCUCUAGGUAACAUGAAGAAUAUUGAAUAUAUGGAUCUGUCUCGCAACAGUUUCCAUGGGGAGCUACCAAGAAGUUUUCUAAACGGUUGUGAUUCCAUGGCAAUCUUGAAGCUAUCACACAACAAACUAAGUGGAGAGAUUUUUCAUGAACCACCCAUAUUUACUAAUAUUUUGGGGCUGUUCAUGGAGAACAAUCUUUUCACAGGAAAGAUUGGACAAGGUUUGCAAAGCUUGAGAAACUUGUCACUUCUUGACAUUUCAAACAACAACCUCACAGGUGUUGUUCCAAGCUGGAUCGGGGAGCUUCCAUCCUUAACCGCACUGCUGAUAGCAAACAACUUGCUGGAUGGUAGCAUACCUACAUCUUUGUUUAAUAACUCUAAUCUUCAGCUACUUGAUCUCUCCACAAACAAUUUAUCUGGGGGCAUACCUCCACACCACAACUCUAGAAAUGGAGUAGUGUUGCUCCUCCAAGACAAUGAUUUAUCAGGAGAAAUUUCAGACACACAGCUAGCAAACGUGGAGAUACUUGACCUGAGGAACAACAAACUCUCUGGGAGUAUUCUGAUAAUUUGUGGGAUUAUGAGAGCUUCUAAGUGUUUUAACCGUGAUGAAGCACACAAACAAAGUAAAAAAGGAGUGAAGUAACCGUAAGUAUUUGAGAGAGAAGAGAAAUUUGAGAAUUUAAGAGAAUGAGAGGAUUUGUGAGAUUGAGAGAAUGAAAGAAAUGUUUGUAUUGAAUUGUGUGUUUAAUUGUGUAACAUACAUGGUGUAUUUAAAGGAAACAAAAGCAAUAAGCACUCAA